AUCGUCGCGGCUUCCUGGCUUGACUUGUCGGUUCUGCUCUCUAGCUGCCAUGGCGUCGUUCACCGUGAAGGCCUAUCUUCUGGGAAAGGAGGAGGCGGCGCGCGAGAUCCGCCGCUUCAGUUUCUGCUUGAGCCCGGAGCCCGAGGCGGAGGCCGAAGCGGCGGCUGGCCCCGGACCCUGCGAGCGGCUGCUGGCCCGGGUGGCCGCUCUGUUCCCGGUGCUGCGGCCCGGCGGCUUCCAGGCGCACUAUCGCGAUGAGGAUGGAGACCUGGUUGCCUUCUCCAGUGAUGAGGAACUGAUGAUGGCCACGGGCUACGUGAAGGAUGACAUCUUCCGUAUCUACAUUAAAGAGAAGAAGGAGUGCCGGCGGGAGCACCGCCCCCACUGUGCACAGGAGAUGUCGCGCAACAUGGUGCAUCCCAAUGUGAUCUGUGACGGCUGCAAUGGGCCGGUGGUGGGAACCCGCUACAAGUGCAGUGUCUGCGCAGACUACGACCUGUGCGGGGCCUGUGAGGGGAAGGGCCUGCACCAGGAACACAGCAAGCUGGCCUUUCCCAGCCCCUUAGGGCACUUUGAGGGCUUUGCUCACAACCGCUGGCUCCGGAAGCUGAAACAUGGACACUUUGGCUGGCCAGGCUGGGAGAUGGGGCCUCCAGGGAACUGGAGCCCACGUCCUCCUCGAGCCGGGGAUGCUCGCCCCAGCUGCUCUGCGGAAUCAGCUCCUGGCCCAUCGCAGGAUCCCAGCGUCAACUUCCUGAAGAAUGUGGGGGAGAGUGUUGCAGCUGCCCUUAGCCCUUUGGGUAUUGAAGUUGAUAUUGAUGUUGAACAUGGAGGGAAAAGAAGCCGCCUGACACCUGCCUCUCCAGAAAGUUCCAGCACAGAAAAGUGUAGCUCUCAGCCGAGCAGCUGCUCCUCUGAACCCAGCAAGGAGGAUGGGAACAAUGAGGGCACAGCACAGUGUCUGGCAGAGAAGAUGAAGAAGAUAGCCCUGGAGCCUGGGUCCCAGCCCGAGGAGCAGAUGGAGUCUGAUAACUGUUCGGGAGGAGAUGACGACUGGACUCACUUGUCUUCAAAAGAAGUGGACCCGUCAACAGGUGAACUGCAGUCCCUGCAAAUGCCCGCAUCGGAGGGGCCAAGCUCUCUGGACCCUUCCCAGGAAGGACCCACGGGGCUGAAGGAAGCUGCCUUGUACCCCCAUCUGCCACCAGAGGCUGACCCCCGGCUGAUCGAGUCCUUGUCUCAGAUGCUGUCCAUGGGCUUCUCUGAUGAAGGUGGUUGGCUCACCAGGCUCCUGCAGACCAAGAACUACGACAUCGGGGCUGCCCUGGACACCAUCCAGUAUUCGAAGCACCCGCCACCACUGUGACAAUGUCUGCUGCCCGGCUCGCUUCAAAUCUCCUUCUCUGUCACAUAAUCACAUUGAGCUAGUCAGAAUAGCAGGAGCUCCAUAAGGGCUAGAUUUUCUGCAUUCUUCUCCAGAAUCUGGGGGGCGGGCACGCAUGAGGCCUCUUAGGGCAGCAGCACAGUGUCACUGGUGAGUUCCAUGCGUAUAUGCUUGAUGCCAAACAGCCAUCUACUCUGAGAGCUGUUGUGGCCCAGGAAGGACUUGCUGUUGCCCAGCAGGGUGCAGGUGAUACACAGCAGCGCACUGGGCUCCCCUGCCAGCCUCAUGCCAGCAGUCCAGAAUACACCCUGCCUAAUGGCCUCUGCUUUCUCAUUUCUAAACAGCUAGUUGAUUUACUGCUAGAAACCUGCUAGAUUGAGGGAGGGCUGUCCUACAGCGAGCCAGAAGGUCUCACACUUGGAGGGAGAGCGGCUCCCAAGGGCAAGUGCGAGGUGCAAGUGUCCUCUGGCGGCUGCCUCCAGCUCAUCACUACGAUGCCUCUCAUGUGUAGCGCCCCUGCUGUUAUAUUUGUAAGCAAUCUGUGAUUAAAUGCAAUGAGCACUUUA